CCACUUCGAUAAAGCGGCACGACACGAGAACCCUCUCAUCGUGGCCGCCGGUAACUACAUUCCCGAUCCUGCGGAAAGAAUGGAAAACAGUCGACGUCGCCCCAAACACGUCAUUUCGGAUCCUCCCGAUCCACUAACGGUGCUUUUAGGUACCUCAAGCACCGGUCACCGCACAGCACAGCCCUUCGUCGCAAGCGACGGGUUCGACGAGUAAAUUAACCCUCAGACACAGCCCACGGAGUUUCUCGCCGGAUCUUGUUAGUGGGUCGUGUUUCCGAUCCGGUGGUAGAUUCUGCGAAGCACGGCUCUUGCUAGGGCUCGUGUUAGCAACGUCGUCAGGUUUGAGCCCCGUGAGCUCACCUACUAGUUAAGGUUCCGCUGAAAUAGCCUCUCAAGGCUAUCAGCUUAGGUAGGAAAAAAAAUAAAAAAAAACAGAAGGGAGGAGUUGAAUAAGACGCAUCAAUGUAAAAUUGGUAGAUUAAAUCAGAGUGUAAAUAAAGUUAAUCUGUUUAAUUUAUAUGUCUGACACCCAAAACUUAGUACGGAUAUUAGCAGUGAUUAAAAGUGAUGAAAAAUUUAGCAUCGAGCUCGGAGAGGAGGGAAUCCGUUAACCGUCCGACAACUCUAUGUUUUGUUUGACGUUUCUCAGCUGUCAUUCAUUUAGCUCAUUUCAUUAUGUUCAACAAAAUAUCAUUCUUAUCAAUCACAUGUGUACAAAAUAGGGGCGAGCAUUGACGUGUUUCUAAUGUAACAAACAUAAAAUAUUUAAGCAAAUCAAAUAUUUAUUUGACGUGUUAUUUAAUUUAAAAUUUAAAAAACGCCGUGACGUAAGAAAGUGACCGAUGAAGUGUUUUUGUGUACGUAAUAAUUUUUGUUGAAAUUUGACGUCAAUCGCUCUUCAAAAUAGAUCACGAUUCCGAAGCCAACAAACACAAACAAACAAACAAGACUGAAACUAGAUCGUAAUAUGUAGAAUAAAGGAUAUUAAUAGAAAAAAAAAACAUUCCACUAUCGUGCAUUGAAUGCGUGGAAGAAGCGCGGGAAUUGUGCGCAUGCGCCAUCUUGUCGUGAAGCGAAUUUGACACGGAAUGGCGUCUCAGAUGCGUUCGCUCGCCGAGGAGGGGAAGGCGGGCGACGGUGCGGACGAGAUGCUCCUGGAUAAGAGCAGGGUGCUGGUCGUGCCGGCGGGGAAGAGUGGGGACGAGCACGCCCUGGUGACGGUUAAAUCUUCCAAAAAAGUAAAGCUGCCGGAUGACGACACGCCGGCCGUCGGAGCGGGUCGAUUCACGAUCGGUCCGGCGCCGGAACGCGACUGGGAGAUGGUCCCGCCCGAUGGAAAGUGGGGCUGGUUCAUCCUUGUCGGUGCGACCCUGGUCAAUAUACUGAUACCGGGUACGAUAAAGUCCUUCGGUGUGCUGAUGGUGGAGUUUAAUGAUGUCUUCCACUCGAGUGCUUCUGCCUCGUCAGGGAUCGUGGCCCUCUGCUAUUUCCUGUACAGCAGCUUAGGUCCACUUUCGUCAAUUCUAUCCGUGAGGUGGUCAUACAGGACUGUCACACUGAUCGGGGGUAGUUUCGCAGCGUUUGGAAUGAUACUGAGUAGCGCAGCAUUUUCUAUAACCUAUUUGUAUUUUAGCUUCGGUGCUAUGGUAGGUACGGGCGCUGGCCUCGCCUUCCCAGCCACAGUGUACAUAGUCACUUCAUACUUCGUGAGGUUCCGUGGUCUGGCGAACGGGAUCUGCAUGUCGGGCUCCGCGUUCGGCAGCAUCAUCCUGCCCCCGGUGCUUAGGUACCUGCUCGAGACCUACGGCUACAAAGGCGCCGUCUUGAUAUUGGGUGGAAUAAUGCUGAACGUUUGGGCGGCUGCUCUCCUGUUCCAGCCUGUCGAAGAGCACAUGGUCAGGAAGUACAAGGAAAACCAGGAGGAGGACUGUCCUCAGGACGCCCUGCUAGAGGAACAAGAAGAGGAACAAGAGAUUGACGUAAUCGAAAUGUCGCAGACGAACGAUAAAAAGGGCAUAUCGGAAAACGGCAGGGCAGAGGAGAGUGGACUCGUCCACCAGGACAGCGUGCCCAGCAUCGCGCCGUCCCAAUCAAAUAACCAACUGAAGCCGAAUAUGUCCAAACGGAAGUUGUCGUACUCGAAAACGCCCAAAGCGAAUCCGAGCACGUCCUCGUUCAGCAGACACGGCUCGCAGGAAACCUUCAGCAGGAGGCAGAGCAACGCCGGACCGAUCAGGAAUUAUUCGACGUCCAGCUUAGCUUACAUAUCCACCCCUUUCCACGGUUCGACUCUGUCAGCCUUUGAGACCCCCAACGAGUUCGCGUCCCAGUUCUCGUUGAAGUCCGUGGCGGAGAGCGUUACCGAGGCCGCCUACUGUUGCCUGUGCUGCAAGAAGAAAAAAAAGAAAAGCGAAAAGGAAUCGUCGAAGUUCUUCGAUCUGAGCCUGCUGACCGAUCCCGCGUAUCUUGUGGUGCUGCUAUCGAGCGGCGCCGUCGCGAUAUCGGUGACGAUCUUCAUCAUCAACCUGCCGUCGCACGCGGAGAACUUGGGGUUCAGUAAGGCCAGGGGAGCUUACCUGCUCAGUACCGUGUCCACCCUCGACCUGGUCGGUCGCAUCGGCGGCUCGACGCUCUGCGACCUGAACCUGAUCCCGAAGUGGUGCUACUUCGUUGGCGGUCUGAUAUUCGCCGGCAUAUCUCUGAUCAUACUCCCGUUCAUGGUUUCGUAUACGUGGAUAAGCGUCGUGUGCGCGUUCUACGGACUCGCCUCCGGAGUCAACAACAGCGUGACGACCCUCGUCCUUGCCGAGAUAUUGGGUGUCGAGCGGCUGAUGUCCAGUUUCGGUAUAAGCCUGUUCGUCAACGGCAUCCUUCAGCUGAUAGGGCCACCCCUCGGCGGUCUCUGGUUCGAGAGGGACCAGAACUAUUUCCACAUGUUCAUAGCGCUCGGCUUUAUAUUCCUAUUCGGGGCCUCCCUCUGGCUGUUCAUGCCGCUGGAGCCUUUCGCCGAGGAGGAAGCUGAGGAGGUGCAGGACGAACGGAAUCCGAAGGUCGUCUUCACGCCCGAGGAGACCCCGUCCCAGAUGAACGGCUCCCCGCCGAUGUUCAAGAACAAAUCGAACUCCAACUUCGAGGACGCGACUUCGCCGAGCAAGGACUUCGCUCGUUCGGCCAGCGCGAUCCAGGUCGCCCAGAACAACGAGCGCUUCCGAAAGGUCUCGACGCCAGCCUCCUCAAGGCACGGCCUGCAAAACAUCUCCAGCCGGAGCCACUUGCCCUCGACCCCAUCCCUGCUUGGAUCCGUCCCGGAAGGCAAGGCCAGUCGCGUUAACUCGCAAGAGGCGUUCGGAAAGAAGCUAGCCAUCCCCAAGACCCCUAAACGCAGCCCUUCCACGUCCAGUUUCCAGUACAUGUCGACCCCCUUCCACGGAUCAACGCUGUCCGCCUUCGAGAAGCCCAGCGAAUUCGCUUCCCAGUUCAGCCUCAAGUCGGUAACGGACAGUCUCGCCCCGAUCUCCUACUGCUGCGGCUGUAAAAAGAAAGAGGACGACCCCAAAAAGGAGCCGAAUCGUUAUUUCGACGUCCAGCUACUGAAGGACCCCAUUUAUCUGGUCAUACUUAUAUCUAAUUGCACCUGUGCUAUAUCGUACACGAACUUCAUAAUAUUAGUGCCGGCUUACGCCAAUGAGUGCGGCUUCGACAAGUCUCUGGGCGCGUAUUUGCUGUCGAUCAUAUCCGCGUUGGAUCUGGUCGGUCGGAUCGGAGGCUCGGCUCUGUCCGACGUGGUUUCGACGCCGAAGCGUUACUUUUUCAUAUUCGGUUUGCUGUUGUCCGGCGUCAGCUUGUCUCUGAUACCGUUGGUGCGGAGCUAUUCGGCUAUUUCCGCGUUCUGCUCGAUUUUCGGCAUCGCUUCGGGCAUCAACGUCGGCGUCACGGCCCUGGUCAUGACCGAAAUGCUGGGUACAGAGCGACUAAUGUCCUCGUACGGGAUCUCGUUGUUCAUGAACGGGAUCUUGCAGCUGAUCGGGCCGCCGAUCUGCGGCUUCUGGUUCGAAUACGCGAAGUCAUAUAAGUCCUUGUUCCUGACCUUCGGGCUGAUCCUGAUCGGAGGAGCUGCCCUGUGGGGACUCGUGCCCAUCAUCAAUCGAAGGAGACGGCUGGCCGAACAAAACAAGCAAACCGUCGGGAAAGCUUAAUUGUACAAUAUACAUUGCGCCUACAGAGCCUUCAAUACAAGCAAAUUGAAGCGACCAAUAAACAGAAUAGUUUCGAAUCUCACAAUUAGGAAUAUCCAGCCCAGGGAUUUCGAUAGGAAACGAACUGGAUUGGGUUUAAAAAUUUUGUUUUUAUUUGUAAAUUUUUUGUCUUAAAUCCCGAAUAUACUAACAUCUUUAACUGUAUUUUUACAGUCCUUAACAUGGUCACACUAUGUUCGGGGCUGCCAGUGUCUAGAGGACCAGUGUUCAAUGUUUACUUAAUUCUUUCGUAACUAAGAAAUUAAACGUUAGUUUUGUCUUAAUAAUAAUAGUAUUUUAAGGUUUUUAUACGAAAACUACUUAUACAUUCUUCAAUUUUUUACUAUUUGAUUCGGAGUGGUCUAUUAAAAAAAAAUGUGCUAAUGAAAUUAUAGAUUAGUUUCGAAUAGAGUAGCACGGUGAGUCUUUGAUUGUGUCGUGCAGCCGGUCCAAUGUUGUCAACUCGGAAAAUCUGCCUAAAUUUAGGGAAAAUAUUAUUUUAGAGAGUCUAGAAAGAAACGAAUUGAAGUUACAUUAAAUUUUGCUAAAUCUAUGUUGCUUAGGAACGAGAUAAAGAAACAUGUUCGGAUGAGUAUUAAAAUACUAUUUAGUACGUUUGUCUAUAACGCCAUCAUGUGAUCGCUUUAUUUAUAAUCUUCGUUAAUUGUAUAAACAAGAUGGCGGUCUUUUUAUUAGCGGGAAAUCUUCAAACGCCCCCUUUGUGCCUUCCAAAGAAAUAUUGGUUGAUAGCUAGCUUCAAUGUAACUUGAUUUAGAAGGAAAUUGUCUUCAAACCGGAACGCAUUGCUGCUUCAAGGCAGAAAUAGGCAGGGUGGUGGCACCUACCCGUACGGACUCACAAAACGUCCUACCACCAGUAAUAAUCGUUACAUUAACUCGUACAGAUAUCAUGUUAAUGGGAGGGUAGUUGAAUUAAUUGAAACAGGCUAAAAGGUCAAGUUACCAAUAGGCGUUAAUACAGUGCAGAAUAUUAAGAGGAAAACCGUUUUCAAUAAAAGUAAAUGACAAUAUAAUUAAUUUUAGACUAAGUCAAUUAAAUGUGCGUUAUAAGAAGAUAUCUUAAAAACUAAUAAUCGGAAAUUUCAAAGGGGACCUCUGCGCAAUAAGCGAUACUUGUCAAAUAAGAGAGAAUUAUCGAAAACGGUUCCCCUGAAAAUAGUUAAAUAAGGUUAUGUACAUAUAAAAAUACAAUCGACUGGAAAUCCUUUUUUUCUUGAAGUCGGUUAAAGAACCAGUUUCGCUGGUCCUUAGUUACAUUCUAUUCUUGGACUUACAUAACACCUCUCCAUCAUGCCGCCAUCACACGCUUAUAAAUAUUUAUAUAUGAAUUGUAUUUUGUGUUUUGCAUUUUGUGCAUAUUUUAAAUAUGAAUUUUAAAAUUUUAAAAUUAUAACUGAGCGCAUACUUCCCAUGUUUGAAUUAUUGAAUUUUUGUCAUGAUUUCAAAUAAUGUAAUAACGGUGUUUUUUUUUCCACAUUCUCUUGCGUCGGGAAUAAAACCAAAGAUUCUAGAAGAAAACUUCCCACAAUGUCUUCAAAGAAAGAAACUGCAUAAUAAUUAAGGUACUAUAAGGUCAAUUUUCAGGCUUAGAACAUAAAUAGUUACCGUUGAAUUCAAGCUUCGUAAACCCGCAAUGUACACACACGUUGCCCGGGGGCGUUGAACUUCAGCUGAAGUAUGUUUGUAUUACAUCGACUGCUAUAUAUUUUAUUUUAUUGUAUCACCAAUUAUGAACACAUUUUGGUCGUGUUCUAAAUCAAUGACCUAAUUAUUUCUCAGGACCCAACGCGCUCUAUCGUCGUCUCUUUCGCGCGUCGCUUCUAAAGAAGUGACGACGUCAUAAAUUGUAAUAUUCUCUAGUUUAGUUUUACAAAAGACUCGAAAUCUAUUAACAGCGUUUCAAAUGUUUUAUAAUUGCCAAUUAUGGAGACUGACAUUGAAUAUAGUUUGCUAAUACUGUUUGAAAAAAUAAAACAUUGCAAAGAUCUUGAUAAAGUCAAAAAUGUAUUUUAAUUAAUCGAUUUUAUGAAUAAUCGAUACAUCAAUUAAUUGUAAACGAUUAAUAUUAAUUAUUGUGCUUUUUAACGUGUUAACUAAGUCAAUUCGUGAAAAGUGCCAUUACGAAAUUGUAAAUAAAAUUUUUUGUUAACGCGAAUGAUCUCACGGAAUAUUUCAAUGUAUGAAGUUUUUUUUUUUUAAAUUUUAAAUUACUUAUUUUAUUCACAGUUUAUAACUGGUUAUAUGAUCUGGUCAAAAGAACUUCAAAAAGUACGUAUACAUUGCGUGCUGUAACCUUCAAUGGAAUCUUAAAUUAUUCAACCGGCACGGAUUUUUUCUUUCUUUUUCCUAGCUAAGCUGAUGGUCUAGAGAAACCAUAUCAGCGUAACCUUAACUAGUAGGUGAGCUCACGGGGCUCAAACUCGACGAUGUUGCUAACACGAACCCUAGCAAGAGCCGUGCUUAGCAGAAUCUACCGCGGGAUCGGAAACGCGACCCACUGAGAGGAUCCGGCGAGAAACUCAGUGGGCUGAGUGUGUGGGUUAAUUUACUCGCCGAGCCCUACCGCCUAUUUUUACCACGAAGCUAUCUCGAGCUGAUCGAAUGGAACGGUCAGCGAAUACGACAUGGACUUAAAACAUCUGUCGGAGUCAAUCUAAUUUUUUAUAUGAAAAGAUAUAAGAUGAUAUUUGCGCACACAUUAUGUAUAGCUUUACGCUUUUUCAUUUGUCUUAUAAAAUAUCACUUAAAUUAUUUUAAUUAAGGUACAAUAAUAACAAAAAAAACUUGUGCGAUUUUUAUGCAAGGGCCUAGUUUUUAAAAACGCUGCGAUAUUUGCUUGUAUCAUUUUAUCGCUAUGUUAAUCAUAUUCUAAUUUAAUGUAACGAAUUUAUAUAAUUUUAUGUUUUAUUGUCUGCGAGACUUAAUUUUGUGUAUAAUCAAUAUACAUAAUGAUGUAUAAUACAUAUUUUAUUCUGGAA